UACUUCUGCGCCCCAUCGUAACGUAAUCGGACUUCCCGCCACACGAGGGCGCUGUAGCUCAUCGUGUACUCUUAAUGACGACAUUUGUCUUGAAACUAAAGUUGAUUAGCUGGCUAGCUGCAUGCGAAGUUGGAGGUUCCGUUCCGUUAUCGGUGUUUUAGAUACACUGGCAAAGUCUUCGCUGGAGGUCUUGCACAUAUGAAGCGGAGAGCAGAGAGCGCGUUGUGCUGCGAGGUUCCUCAGAAGAGAUGCGUUCGCGCCCUCUCGAAGACAGAGACGCAGCUGGCGGCGGUGCGAGUGUUGCCAGCCGCGCUGACUGGGCAAACUGGACAGCGUCGCAGAAAGAGGCCGAGCUAUCCGGAGGAUCGCGAGUCAACGGGAAGGAUCUUGUCGCCGCAAAAGAAAGUGCUGUCGAACAGCAGACCCGGCUCACCAGAUCCAGACGAAGAUGCUGGAAAAUUACGGGAUGCAAGCAGCGUGUUUGUGCAAGAGCCAUCAGUCCCACACGAGGUGGCCCCCAAACGCUCAAAAAAAGAGACGCAGACCAAACCGGAGCACCUUACCAAGGUGAUGCACGCUGCCGAUGAAGGUGACGGUGAUCUAAGCACCUUCAACUCGUUCCAGUUUUGGAGGACUCCUCUUCCUGAGCUAGACCUUUCCCUCAUGGAUGGGCAGUCUACAUCUGAGAGAAAUGGAGGCACUUCUCUCAAAGAUCCUACAGAAGCCAUGGAGACAUGAGGCAGACUACUACACAUGUAUAAACUCUGGCCACACCAUCACGGGUGCGCCCGUAUCUUGCACAGAGUCCAAAGUUUGCUUGGGUGAACACUGACAGUCUGUAGGGAAUGUGUAUGCCAAGCUGACGACGAUCGAGUCCAUACGUAUCAGACUCUGCUUCUGCUUACUGUGUUUAACCAGCAAGUGGGUGUCUCCUAGUUGUUGAUGUGAAAUCAUGCAGGCUUGCCUGCUUUUGUUUGUUUUUCUCAUAUAUAUUUUGAUUAUUACUUCAGAAUUAGGAUUUCUGGUAAGUUUUGCAGAAACGUAACAUGGACUGAACUUUGAAAGCAUAUAGAUUGAAUAUUUCCUGUGCUGUAAGGCCCGUAAACGUUUUGGAAAGCUUGGAUUGGGUUUCUCUCAUACCCACUGCAUGUCUCUUGGUCACAGUGUUGAUUAGUUAAACAGUUUCCUGACUAACAGGACAUGGCUGUUUUUUGGAUUGUUUGUGUCUUUUUGAAAAGCUUAAUGACAUAAUUGGUCAUUUAAUGUAUUACAGAUGUUUGCUUUUUUUUCUUCUUCAGAUGAACAAUAAAAUGUGAACUUUUUUAUAA